AUGUUUACCGAAGAAAAGAAAAAAAAUACAAACUAUGGAACAAUGUUUGUCUACUGCUUCUUUUGUCUUGUUUUCGUUGUGGAAGUAGUAAGAUUUGCAAAACCUUACUACAACUUUCAAAACCUAGUGGAGACAGAAGCAGCAAUAGAAGAAGGAUUAUUGGACGUGGGGAUACUUCCUUGUAACAUUAGGAGCUCUGUCUCUAUUCCUGCUCGGGAUCACAAGAAGCUCUCGGCAACAAUAAGGGAAGAGACGAGAACUCGUCCUCCAGUUACGUACUGUGUGAAGUUCGAGUCAUUUGACACAAUGUCUAAACUGGUCAAAGACAACGGUGACAAGUACGAGUCACAUCCUUUCUCAGCCGGUGGAUACAAUUGGACGUUCUUAGUCUACCCAAAUGCGGACAAGCCAGUGGGCUCGGGUGGAUACGUUUCGCUAUACGUUAAAAUCGAUAACUCAAGCUUCAUCGAGAAUCAGAACGAAGUGUAUGCAUGGAUCAGAUUCCUCACCUAUAAAAGCACUACGGACACGUACCAUGAGUUCUAUGUGACUGACGCGCAGAGGUUUCACUUGUUUAAACAAGAGUAUGGAAUGCUAAACUUUCUUGAGAUUGGGUAUUACCAAACUCCAGUUCAUGGAUUCAUUUUCAACGGCGGGCAGAGUGUGUUUGGCGUUGACAUCGUGGUUUCUAAUCCCCCUAUAUGGGAGGAUGUCUCUUAUGAAGAAAACAUUCCUGGCCCUGUUAUCGGCUGGAGAAUCGACAACUUCAGUAGCGGCGAGCAUGACUCUUAUUACACUUCUAACUCGUUUUCUUCCGGAGGAAGAAACUGGGUACUGAAAGUUUAUCCAAAUGGAGUUGGGACUGGAAAGGGUAAUUCGUUGUCAAUUUAUUUGUUGAGUGCGUCAAACAAAAAGGGUUACGUGAAAGCCAAGUUUAGAGUUAUUGACCAGAUCCGUUCCAACAAUGUGGAGAAACAAGUGGAGGGAUGGCCCAAUGCCGAACAAAAUGGAUGGGGUGUCGACAAACUUAUAUCUUUUGCAGAUGUCCAAGACCCGUCCAAAGGUUUCCUCGUCAACGAUACCAUCAAAUUUGAAGUCGAGAUCAUGGCUUUCACUUGAGUCGACUCUAUCUAUAACUAAGCGCUUAAGAUAAUCCCAAAAUCAUCAUCACUUGUACGUUUGUUGUUUUUCCUUUAAUAACCGGAUGGAUGUAGUUCCGCGGGUGACCAAGUGAAUGUGAAUAACUAUCACUAUGGUUCACUGUUUAUGUA